UAUUGCACACAUCGUAAUCUCUUGAACUCCCCUAAUAUUCAUAGCCACUAGCACUAGUGAAGCCUGUAACAAUUCUGCCUCUGAUCUCUGCUACACAGAUGGGUGUAGUUUACAUGUAUGUGCACGCUAUAAUUACUGUUUGUCUGUUUGUUUGUUGUGGAUGCUUGCCUUAAUUUGCCCAAAUAAAUCUUGAGUUAGCUGCAUUUAAUAGUGUAAACUUUUACACCGAAGUAUUCGAGACUGCUUUUGUAUUAAUUAUUGGAAUGGGAUUGUAGCUACUAUUCUCGUGUUUUACCUCAAACAACUUUUCCAGCAGCUAAAUUUGCAAACACAAAGGAUAAAAUUUUAGUCUUCUAAAAAUUCCCAGUCCAAGUUAGCAAUUAUCUGUAAUUCUAUGCCAUUCAGCUUUAAUUCAGUACAUGCUCUUCAUACCUUAUAUGAGCCCUGUGUACUAGCAAGUGUGCCUGCCAUGUGUGUACUUGAUUAAGGUAUACAGGUGUGUACAUGCUUUCAAAGGCUUUGUAGUAUUAGCUGGGCUUGGGAAAUUGGAGCAUUAUAACAGGAUAAACAUUCUGGCUUAGAUUGGACAGUGAAGCAGCCUAUUAGGCAGUAGGGUGUGCUGAGUGUGCUUUGUCAACUAGUGCAGCUGCAUAUGCAUAAAGCUAAAUGAAAUUUAUAGCCUCAACAAGCACCCUACUGUUAUGACCUCAAUCAGUAGGCUUUAUUGUGGUAAUUACGCUAGCAUAAUGUUUACACUGGCACUGCUUUGGCUCCUUGCUGUGUCAAGGUGGGUUGGGGGAGGAUCGUCCAACCGUAUUCAUAUGGUUACAGCCUUUUGAGUAUGCUUGAUUAAUUCCUAGUUCCCAAGUGGUUCUCACAAUUUCCUUCCUUGCUAGUAUGUAACAGGAUUUUAGUUUAUACUGUACCAUAAGAAGGCCUGCAAACGAUCUCCUUGAGGUUUGAGACUUGUACAAAAUUCAUAUCCUGUUAGUCCAUGAGAGCACAAUGUCUAUAAAAUCUGUGUCCAUGGCUUCUGCAAUAUAAUUGUCUUGAUAUCUUAUCUUUUAAUUGCCUGUGUAUGCCCCCUUGCCACAUACUCCCAACUUGCCAAGGCUGCAUUGUAGGCUGACCAGCAAUUAGACAAUGCUCAGCCACCCCACACUAAGGUUACACAUUUAUGCUGGCACCACCUUUCCCACAAUACCAUUAGAAGGCUCAGGUUUGUCUACCAAAACCUCCAACAUCUGUUUAUAGGGAAUUUAUGUUUCUGGGUUGUAAGAGCCUGUUCAGAGUGGUUUGUGUACAAGACAUUUACAUGGCAUUAAUUCUUAAAGGGCAAUGUUUUUACAAGGACAUGGAAGGUUUACAGGUGUUGUACAUGUACAUGUACAUGGAAUUAAUUAUGUAGCAGGCAUGGUGACCUCAUUAUACAAAGUAGCUACAUGUACAUGUUAGAAAAAUAAAUACAUGUAGAUAUAUUGCAUCUAUGAUUGUCCACUUUGCCCUCUGUUUAAAAGUGCUCUCCAAUUAAUUCUUUAGGGUGAUAUGAUGGCCCACAUCCUGUCCCCUGUGUAGUCACAGGGGACAGGUCAUGAUGGCCCAUUGUGUCGGGUCUAACCAGGUUGCUACAUGUAAUAGAGCCCAGCCACACAUGAACUGUGAUGUGCAUCCCCAGUAUGCCUGUGGGAAUUGGUCUCUCGAGUCGGUGUAUUGUUUGAUGUGCAGUGGGCCACUUCCUGUAAUUGGCCCAUACUAUUAUUUUGAGGACAUAGUGCAUAUUGACACACGUCUUGAAACGUACUUCUUCUUCUCCUAUCUACACCAUGCAAUGAUUUUACUAAGUCUUAAUCGAUUUAGCUCAAAUUUCCAUUUAUUUAGCUGUAGGUGUGCAUGCUGGUAUGAUCUCAGCAGUGUAAACUGAGAUAUUAUGUACUCUAUAAUUAUUAUGUUCUGGUCUACUAGCUAGUAAGCAGCUAAUAAUUAAAUAAUUAUGUACAUGUAAUAAUUAUGUACAUGUACUCUCCUGCUGAUUGGAUUGCUCCAUCCUUUGAUGUUCAUGGUUGGCCUGUGCAAUACAAUCCUCCCCUACUUCAACGAGUACCUCCCGACAGAAGUUCUUGUUCACAUAUUCUCAUUCCUUCGUGAGCGAGAUCUGUGUAGAAUAGGCCAAGUCUGUCAGAGAUUCCGACAAAUCAGUAACCUGGAGUCACUCUGGAAAAACCUUUUUCACCGUGUGUUUGAUAUGUGUGAAGCGUACAUCCCUCCCACCCCCUUCCCCCAGUCAUCCUUCACUAAGGGAGAUGAAUCAAUGGACUUUUCUGACAGUGGCGAGACACUGAUGCCCUGGAAAGCACAAUUUCAAACAAUGCACGGUUGCUCCCAUGUGUACCAAGAGAUGGCAAUAUUGCCUGAAGACCACCCCCUCCGACAAGAAGCUAAAGACACAAAGUAUUACGCCACAAUAUCCGAUGCGAUCAGAGCGUCUUCGAAGUGUGAGCCCACCAGAAUCAUAAUCCACCCCGCAGUAUACAAUGAGAACAUCAUCAUAGACAGACCAGUGCAACUUAUAGGAUCAGACCAGACAGUGCGGCUCGUCAACUCCUCCCAGACAGUAGUGGAGAUCACCUCCCACACAGGCCAGGCUGCUGUCUGUAACUUAACCAUUCAGUUUGAAGCCCCUGAAGAUUCUCCCAAUGUCCGACACUACUGCCUGCGUAUCUCGGGUGCCUCUGAGCCUCACAUUCAUCACUGCUCUUUCACCAACAGCUCUUUCUGUGGGUCGUGUAUCUAUGUACACGGGGAGGGGGCAAAGCCACUCGUUUCUCACUGUAUGAUAGCCAGAGCCAACAAUGUCGGGAUAUUUGUGGACGAUCACGCACAGGGUCGGUUUGAAGAGAAUGAUAUUCAUCGGAACAAGCUAGCUGGAGUGUGGAUCAAGAACUACGCUAGCCCAGUGUUCAAGAAGAACGAGGUCCAUCAUGGCAAGGACGUAGGCUUCUUCAUCUUUCAAGAUGGGCAGGGUUACCUGGAGGAGAACGACAUCCAUAGAAACAGAAUAGCAGGUGUAGAGAUUAAAAAUGAUGCCAACCCCAUUAUCGAACGGUGCACCAUCCACCAUGGCUCAACAGGAGGUGUCUACGUGCACGAUAAGGGUCGAGGGCAGUUCAUUGACAACAAGAUAUACGCCAACACGUACGCAGGUGUGUGGAUCACAGGUGAAAGCAAUCCUACUCUCCAGAACAACGAAAUUCAUGGUGGGAUGCAAGGAGGCGUAUACUUCUUUGCUGGUGGGCGUGGUGUAUUGGAGAACAAUAAUAUCCAUAGCAACACGUUGGCGGGUGUGCAGAUACGCACAGGGAGUGACCCUAUCAUCAGGAAUAACAAGAUACAUCACGGCCUCCACGGGGGAAUCUACGUACACGAUAGUGGACGUGGUCUGAUCGAGGGCAACGAGAUUCAUUCAAACGCUUUAGCUGGAGUGUGGAUCACCACAGGUAGUCAGCCCAUACUCAGACACAACCGUAUUCAUAGCGGCAAACAAGUCGGCAUCUAUUUCUAUGACAAUGGGGGCGGAGUUUUAGAGGAAAAUGACAUUUACAAUCACUCGUUCUCUGGAAUCCAAAUCAGAACUGGCAGCAAUCCAGUCAUCAAGAGAAACAAGAUCUUCAGUGGUAAAAAUGGUGGGGUCCUUAUCUACAACUCUGGGGAGGGUCUUCUGGUAGAGAACGACAUUUACGGCAAUGCCCUGGCCGGAGUGUGGAUCAAGACGGACUCAAACCCUAUCCUGCGGAGGAACAAGAUAUACAACGGGAAGGAGGGUGGUAUUUGUAUCUUCAACUCUGGACGUGGCGUGCUGGAGGAGAACGACAUCUUCAACAACACUCUCACAGGUAUUCUCAUCAGCUCUGCCAGUCAGCCUGUACUGAAGAAAAACAGGAUAUUUGGCGGGAAGGCCGCAGGAAUUGAAGUGACAAAUGGCGGGGGUGGUGUCAUCGAGGAGAAUGAGGUCUUUGAUAACUAUUUUGAUGGGAUCUGCCUUGCCACUGGCGUCAGCCCCACACUCAAAGCUAACAAAGUGUACGACAACAGGAGAACUCUCGAGGAUGCUAUCAAGCUGGGCAAGUGCCUCUACUCCGUCAGUGGUGACAACUCGUAUCCCAUGCACGACUUCUACCGUUGCCUCACCUGUGAGAGCUCAGAAACAGACGCCAUCUGUGUCAACUGCAUCAAGAGCUGUCACAAGAACCACCAAGUCCAGUUUGUUAGGCACGAUAGGUUCUUUUGUGACUGUGGAGCUGGUGCCCUGGGUCGUAACUGCUCCUUAACUGGUUACAAAGCAUUCAGUUCACCUCGUUCCAACAAAUCCAAACAGCAAAACCAAGACUCUUCUCAACCCAACACUCCAGCACAACAAGGCAACACCUCCACUCCUUAAUUGACCACCCCUAUCUGUUUGUCUUACCAUUUGUGUCCAUUUUAAUUUAAGUGAGAGGUCUUUUGUAUUUCUCUGAAGCUAUUUUUGUCUGCACAUUCAUUUCACUUUAAAUCACCAUUAAUUUGACUCACUGCCCUAAUCACACCACCCUCGAACUAAAGUCAAAAAAUACAUGACUCCCUGUAUGCUCACGACAAUGUACAGACUUUUAAUAGGUAAUAGGUAACCACAAUAUACAUGUGUACUAACUCCGUCUUAUAUGCUGCAAAAGUUUUAGCGUUUUUGGUUUUAAGCUCGUUUUUAUGUAACUCUUAAAUGUCAUCUACUCAGAAAAUCAGAUCUAUCACUCCCACCCACUUCUGUAUACAGGUUACUGGUAGUGUCCACGCCAUUAUUUUGUGUAUUACAUGUCAUUGUACAUUAAUUGUGUUAUAAUUAUUAUUGUGCUUAUUGUGCAAA